AUGCUAUCAUACUAUGAACAUAAUACUGCGUUCCAAACAAACAAUUGCAGUUCCGGCAACAAUGCCGCCGCCACAUAUAAUGGCAACGCCAAUAAUGAUUCAAUCGUAAAUAAAAGGAAUAACGACCACUUCGAGUUUGACACACACACUUUUUACCAAAGGCCCAAGAGAAGCAAGCGAGAUACCGCAAGCACGAGGCCUCCCUCAAAUGCCGCGGCUGUCCAUAACAAUAAUACUACUACUCAUAAUAAUAUUCAAUAUCAGAAAAAUAUCGAAAUAACACCCUUGACGCCCGUCAACACGCCUCACAGCACGAACGCCUCUCUACUCAACGAGUCUGAAUUUUACUCGGAAACGGAAGAAUACAUGGUCCACGGUUAUUUCGGUAACAGUAGUCAUGGAAUAACAGGCGCGGCUUCCAGCGGAAAUACUAGCUCCACACAACACCAGUGUCACAUCCUGCCCGCUCAACAUAUAAUUGCAUCACAACUACCUAGUAACACCAUGAAUACGCUAACUGACAACAAUAUUGCUAACGACUACAUGGACAUCGACUAG